GUUGAAGAUACAAUCUUGGGUACUCUCAAACUUGGUUACCACUACCUUUGGGUUGAUAGAUACUGUAUUGAUCAAAAUGACGGCCACGACAAGGCACUGCAGAUCAACCAAAUGGACCUGAUAUACCAAGAAGCGGAGAUCACUGUCAUUGCCACAGUAGGAGAUGACCCAAGCUUCGGUCUUCCGGGCGUGACCGCUUUCCAGCCUAGGGUCUGUCCAGUUCAAGUCAAUAUUGGUGAUCUGAAACUCGGGGCAAUCGUGUAUCCAAUCAAAGGGUCCAAGGUGAUCGAGGGGUCUAAAUUGAAUAGUCGUGAUUGGACCUACCAAGAAGCCAUUUUAUCCAGGAGGCGCCUCUUCUUCACUGAAGCUGGCGUUAUAUUUGAUUGU